GUUCUACCCGUGCCGCCAUUUGCGGCCACAGCUGUCAGUCACCAGACCCCAGAUAUUAAUUACUUACCGGAGCCCGGUCAUUUCCACCAUUCACUGAUGGGGAGGAGGACUGUUUUGUUUACUAAUAGUCCUCCUCCCUGUCAGCUCCGGCACACUGCUCUGAGCAGUGUGAUUACAGUGAAGCACAGACAUCCCCCCCCUAGUAAAACACUCCCAGCACACAGUUAACACUUUGAUAACCACCUCAUUUAACGGCAGCAAUCAGUGACUUAUAGUGGGACUGCGGCAGACAUUCUGACACUGAGGGGGAACUGACUUGGUGUCACUGACAUCCCCAGUGACAAUAAUAGAAU